AUGUGUCUUGAAGUAGGCUCAGAAUGUGAACCAGAAACUCAAGUCAGCGACAGUAAAGAUCCUGAUGAAGAACCUGAACAAACAAAUAUUCCAUUGCAGCAACUGGAAGUGGAAAAUCGAAGAUUACAUGCAAAUAUGACUAAACUUCAGCUAUCAUUCGAUGAUUGCUGUUCUAAUCAAACAUUAGAUGAUGGUCCAGGACGAGAAGAAUUGCUAAAGCAGUACAAUCAGCUGCAACUUGAAGUUGACAGAUGGCGAGAGGAAUGCAUUCAGUUACACAGUAUUCUAGCAAAGCAAACUGAAGGUUUGAAGAAUGUUGCUAGUAUCAACUAUGGAAGUCAUGUACACUUAAUAAAUGAGGUUGUGGAGCUAGUACUGGCAUUUGAAGCACAGAAGAAGAUAAACAGGCAUGUUGGAAGAUAUACAUGUGUUACGAAAAUUGUCAUGAACAUUAGAUUGAUUAUGGAAAUUUUGAUUGAAAGCAUUAUAUUUACAAUGAUAUGUGUUGCAGACAUGUUGACUGUGUUGGAAUUAAAGCAACAUAUUGCUGUAACAUUACUGCCAGGAUUGCCUGCAUACAUUUUGUUCAUGUGCAUUAGGCAUGCCGACUGUCAAAAUGAUUAUGAGAAAGUACGAUUACUCCUGACAGCAACUAUCUACACCAUCGAAAAAGUUACUAAGAAAGGCCAUGAUGAUAUUGAUAUAAUGGUUUUGUGGCUUUCAAAUACUGUGAGACUUCUGCAUAAUCUGAAACAGUAUAGUGGAGACAAAACAUUCCAAACUGAAAACACAUCACUACAGAAUGAACAGUGUCUACAGAAUUUUGAUCUCACUGAAUACAGAGAAGUUCUUUCAGAUACAGCUGUAGAAAUCUACCAGGCCACAUUGCUGAUGGACACAAAAUUCAUGUUCCCAGUAAGAUUUCCUUUUAAUCCAUCAAAAAUCAAGCUUGAAGAUAUAGAAGUACCAGAGGUGUUGAACCUACCAAUGCUGAAGAAAGUUUCAACUUGUGAGAAGCAGUACAAUCAGCUGCAACUUGAAGUUGACAGAUGGCGAGAGGAAUGCAUUCAGUUACACAGUAUUCUAGCAAAGCAAACUGAAGGUUUGAAGAAUGUUGCUAGUAUCAACUAUGGAAGUCAUGUACACUUAAUAAAUGAGGUUGUGGAGCUAGUACUGGCAUUUGAAGCACAGAGGAAGAUAAACAGGCAGCUGGAAGAUGAAUUGCACCAAGAGAAAAAUAAGUGGCAAGCAGAAAGAGAACAACUCCAACAAGAAAAUGAGAAACUCAGAGAGGAGAAUGAUAAUCAGCACAAGCUUUUAUCUCCAAGCUUAACUAAAAGCCCCCCCUUUUAUGUUCUUCAAGAAAAACUAGAUUUAGCUAAAGAGGAACUUUCAAAAUGCCAGAACAGCUUAAAAUUGCAAACUGAAGUGCUGAAGGAUGCAGGGUUGUUUUACAGCAAAUUAGAUAACAAUGAUGAAACAGCUGAAAACUCAAUAGAGGAAGUGCUAGUGAAGAGGCAAGAUCAAAGGAAUAACAGAAGAGGGAUAAGAAAGAAGGAAAGACAUUACCAAGGAAUUUUUGAGUUUCACAAAGAGGAUAUUAGACAUAUUGUUAGGCAUGUGAUAUUUGAAUUAAAGCAACAUAUUGCUGUAACAUUACUGCCAGGAUUGCCUGCAUACAUUUUGUUCAUGUACAUUAGGCAUGGCGACUGUCAAAAUGAUUAUGAGAAAGUACAGUUACUCCUGACAGCAACUAUCUACACCAUUGAAAAAGUUACUAAGAAAGGCCAUGAUGAUAUUGAUAUAAUGGUUUUGUGGCUUUCAAAUACUGUGAGGCUUCUGCAUAAUCUGAAACAGUAUAGUGGAGACAAAACAUUCCAAACUGAAUACACAUCACUACAGAAUGAACAGUGUCUACAGAAUUUUGAUCUCACUGAAUACAGAGAAGUUCUUUCAGAUACAGCUGUAGAAAUCUACCAGAGUCUUGCUGGGCAUAUACAAGAAAAGAUAGAGCCACUGGUGGUGCCAGCUAUUCUUGAACAUGAAGAAAUAAGUGGCUUGACAAGCCAGAUACCUAGUGGAAAGAGAGGAAGAGCUGUGUUGUCAUCAUGGGAUUCUGAUCCAUUUUUGGGUGUACAGAAGUCAUUGGAUGCACUCUUGCAGGAACUAAAUUAUAUCUAUAAAAUUAUGGGGAACCAUGGUGUUGACCCAGAACUUACUGUCCAGAUAUUUCGGCAGUGUACUGAUGUGCCAACCACAUUACAGCCCAUAAUUCAGGCUGCCCACUUGCUACAGACUCGUAAGCUGGAUGAAGAUGUUCAGCAUGUAUGCAAUAUGUGUGAUAAACUUUCAAUGUUGCAGGCCACAUUGCUGAUGGACACAAAAUUCAUGAUCCCAGUAAGAUUUCCUUUUAAUCCAUCAAAAAUCCAUCUUGAAGAUAUAGAAGUACCAGAGGUGUUGAACCAACCAAUGCUAAAAAAAGUUUAA